CAGCAACUCCUGUCCUCUCUAGCAGCCGUGGUGAGUUGAGCCAGUCAGAGCGGCUCUGACAGCAGCAUCAUGGCGGAGCAGAGUGACUCCCCGGCGGCCGUCCAAACCCCGCAGCCGGCGGCGCUCACCACCACCACCACCAUCUGGCCCAUUGUCAAGGAGGCGUACGAGCUGCAGGAGGUGAUCGGUAGUGGAGCCACAGCAGUGGUCCAGGCAGCUCUGUGUAGCCCUCGACAGGAGCGUGUGGCCAUCAAGAGAAUCAAUCUGGAGAAAUGCCAGACCAGCAUGGAUGAGCUUCUGAAAGAGAUUCAAGCCAUGAGCCAGUGUAACCAUCCAAACGUGGUCACCUACUACACUUCAUUUGUUGUGAAAGAUGAACUUUGGCUAGUCAUGAAACUCCUGAGUGGAGGAUCAGUGUUGGACAUCAUAAAGCACAAUUUUAGUGAAGGAGAACAUAAAAACGGUGUCCUAGAUGAAUCCACAAUAGCGACCAUAUUGAAGGAAGUGCUGGAGGGAUUAGAUUAUCUACACAAAAACGGGCAGAUUCACAGGGAUGUGAAAGCGGGUAAUAUUCUAUUAGGGGAAGAUGGAUCGGUGCAGAUCGCAGAUUUUGGUGUAAGUGCUUUUCUGGCCACUGGUGGAGAUGUCACUCGACACAAAGUGAGGAAAACGUUUGUGGGGACUCCGUGCUGGAUGGCCCCUGAGGUAAUGGAGCAGGUACGGGGUUAUGACUUCAAAGCUGACAUUUGGAGUUUUGGAAUCACUGCCAUUGAACUUGCGACAGGCUCUGCGCCGUACCACCGGUACCCUCCUAUGAAGGUUUUAAUGCUCACGCUCCAGAAUGAUCCUCCAACCAUUGAGACUGGGGUGGAGGACAAAGAGAUGGUUAAGAAAUAUGGAAAAUCUUUUAGAAAACUCAUAUCCCUGUGCCUUCAGAAGGACCCAGCGAAGAGGCCCACUGCUGCAGAGCUUUUGAAAUGUAAAUUUUUUCAAAAGGCAAAGAAUCGAGAAUACUUGAUUGAAAAACUGCUUAGUAAAGGACCAAACAUAAGCCAAAGAGCCAAGAAGGUCAGAAGGGUUCCAGGAUCGAGUGGUCACCUGCACAAGACCGAGGAUGGAGACUGGGAAUGGAGUGAUGAUGAGAUGGAUGAAAAAAGUGAGGAGGGGAAGGCUGCUGUCAAUCACGGAAGAUCACGCAGGGUCAAAGCCGAAAACCAGCAUGGUGAAGUGAAUGCCAACAGUCUCCCGGUAGAGGACUUGUCCAUUCAGCAUCCCCAGGUUCAACCGUUGGAGAAACCAUUGAAUGCUCGGGGAACGGUGAACAUGGUCCUGAGGUUAAGGAACUCGAAGAAGGAGCUGAAUGACAUACGGUUUGAAUUCACUCCUGGGCAAGACACUGCUGAUGGAGUUUCUCAGGAGCUUUUUUCUGCUGGUCUGGUCAAUGGACUUGAUGUUGUAGUUGUGGCUGCUAACCUUCAGAAGAUUGUAGAAGACCCAAUUACCUAUAAAGUAUUGACCUUUAAGUUGGUAUCUGGCUGUGACAGCUCAGAAAUCCCAGAUGAUGUGAAGUUGAUUGGCUUUGCUCAGUUGAGUGUCACCUGAUACACGUCUCCUUGCCACAGCAGAGGAAGAGGAGGAGUAGGAUGACAGCGGCAACAAAGGGUGUUUCUGUUGGAAGGAACAGAACGCUACAGGAACCGGCAGGACAAGGGUUUGGCACCAUGCUGAAGACCUCUGCUGCAAACGAUCAAUUCCUGCUCCCAGCGUUUCCUUUUUUCCCCCAAAUCACCUGCAGUCUUUCUCAAGAAUGUUUAAAACAUAGCACUCUUAUUCAAAACACGCACUGCAAAAAUCAUCUUCUCAAUCAGUAUUUUUGUUACGUUUUCCAGUAAAAAAGUAUCUCAACAUCUUUAAGACAAGAUAAAUUCACUUGAGAAGUAAAACUGAAUAAGAUAUUAAAGACUUGUUUUCAGAGAAUGUAUUUAAAAACUAAAGGAAUAUUCCGGAUUCAAUACAUGUUCAGUUCAAUCGACUGCAUUUGUGGCAUAAUAUUGAUUAACACAAAAAUGUAUUUUGACUCGUCCCUCCUUUUCUUAAAAAAAAGCAAAUAUCUGUGUUCCUGUCAGACACUUACAAUGGAAGUGAAUGGGGGCCAAUUUUUGAACGUUAAAAUACUGUUUCAAAAGUAUAGACAUUUACAUUUACAUUUAUUAAUUUGGCAGACACUUUUAUCCAAAGCGACUUACAAAAAAGGAAAACAUAAGUGAAUCAUCUUAAGGAGGCAGUGGUAUGAAAAGUGCUGUAUUACAAGUUUCACUAGCAUCAGAAUAGUAUUCAAAACAGAAUAAAGUGCAAAGUGCUUUUACUAGUGACUGGUUAAGUGCUCAUGGAAAAGAUGUGUUUUUAGUCUUUUUUGAAGACAGAAAGUGAGUCAGCUUCACGGAUGGAGUUGGGAAGGUCAUUCUACCAACGUGGUACGAUGAAGCUGAAAGUCCUGGAAAGUGUUUUGGUGCCUCUCUGUGUUGGUAUAGACACAAGACAAAAACAAUGUGUGUGUAAACAUGAUUUUAGUGUGAUAAAAUCGCAUACUAACCUUUUCUGUGUAAAGUUAUAGCCAGUUUUACAACUUCGUUGCCAUGAUGAUGUAAUGUCAACAAACCCUAAAACCCUAAAAUGACGAUUUAAACAACUUUACAGCUCUAAUAAUAAAUGAGUUUUAACAGAAGAAUUAAAGUGCUUUUAUAAAAUGAAAAGCUUCACAUUUCUACCUUUAAACACUCCAAAAAUUGGCCCCAUUCACUUUCAUUAUAAGUGCCUCACUGUAACCUCCAUUUUUGCCUUUUUUUUAAAGAAAAAGAGGGACGAGUCAAAAUGUAAUCAACAUUAUGCCACAAAUGCUGUCGACUGAGCUUAACUUUUAUUUAACCUUAACAUUCCUUUAAGUUAAUUUUCUUACCCCAUUGAUAAAUUAUUUACAUUUUGUUUUAAGCAUAAAUUUAUCUUAAAUAUACAGUAUGCUCAAAACAAGAAUGAGGAAAGAAAAUUAAACUUAAUACUUUUUAGAGCACAAAUGUAUUAUAUAAUGUACAAUAUUUAUAAAUAAUAAAUAAAUACAAUAAAUACAUUAAAACAAUGAUCAGUUAUUACAUAAUUAUUAUUGAAAUUGUAAUAUUUUUUACAUUAUAAAAUUAUUAAGAUUAUCAAGAUAAUAAAGUGAAAACAAGUAUUACUAUGCAUAUAAUUUUUCAUUAUUUGAAUCUGUUUUAUGGAUAUUUUUACUGAGAAAAUAAAUAUACAAAAAUAUGGAUCAAGAGAAUGAUUUUUUUUUUUUUUUUUUUUGCAGGGCACAAAUAUACAAAUCUGCUCUCUAUUUGCAAUGUCUUUCACCAAAACAUUCCAGCACCCAUUUCCCAAAACUCAAAGCAGGACUCCAUCAUCUCAGGAGGCAAUAGCUAGUUUUUAUUAUUUAUUAUUAUUAUUAUAAUUGUUUUAAUUAUUGAAAAAAUGCCUUCUAAUGAUUUUUCUGUUGUAUGUAUGUGGAAAGAGUAGCUUCUCUGGUGCGCAGAUUGCAGACCAGAAAACUGACGUCCUCCCUCUGAAUGUAAAAAGCACAUUUUCAUUAUGAAUGUUAUUUUAACACAUUUGAACUGUACUGUACAUAGAGAAGUUCUGAUGUCCAAUGAAAAAUAAGGGAGUCUUUUUUUCCAGCUUAAAGGAUCAGUUCGUUCAAACAUGGAAAGUCUGUCUUAUUUACUCACCAACAUGUUGUCCAAACCUGAAUGACUUUCUUCCUUGGAACAAAAAAAGACAACUUUUUUUUACAAAUAUACUUGUCGCUCUUGUUCAAUGCAUUUACAAAGUAUUGGGACUUGGGCUUUUAGGCUUCAAAAAAGAUGUAAGAGCAUUAUAAAAUUAUCAUAAACAUUGUCCAAACAAUACGUGCACUUUAUUUAAAAUCUUCUGAUAGUUUUGUUUGAAAAACUGAUUGAAAUUAAAAGUUAUUCACUGAUUCUAUUAAGUUCUAUUCUAUUAACAGCUUCUAUUAAGAAUAUAGUGCAUGUAUGGACUACUGUUAUGAUGCUUUUUAUCCUCUUUCACUUUCAUUAUUUGGAAAAGAGUGGUCAGAAUAUUCUUCAGAAAUUCCCCCUUUUGUGUUUCAUGUAUGCGAAAAAGUCUUACAGGUUUGGAAAAACAUUGUGAGUAAACGAUAACAGAAUUUUCCAUUUUAAGUGAACUAUUCCUUUAAAUAGUUUAACAGGAGAGACUUUGAAUGUUGCCAUGUGCAAAUUUACUGCAUUAUUAUUUUCGGGACAGUGUCGAUGCUUCAAUGCUAGAGGUGCCUUGAUUUUUUUAAUCCGUGCCUAAGAAAUGUAGGUAACAAGCUUGAAGCUGUUUAAAGCCGAAUCUGUUUUGUGUUCUGCUGACACUGAGCAGGAAAAAUGCUGCUUUUAAAAGCAGAUGUACAGAUAGUAUUUUCACUGGUCAGUGGCUCGCAUUGAAGUUAACAGCCGGUGCACUUUGAUUUCAUGCUGUGCAACGUACGUGCACCUGCAUCUCCAAAGCUUUGACCUGGAGGAACCAUCCAGAUUUAACCCGUUUAAGCUUUAUGUGACAAAAAGGUCAUAACCACCACAACGCACACUUUAAUCCUGAUGUAUUGUAUUUAAAAAAAGCCUAUUGAUGAUUACGUGUCAUUUAAGCACUUAAAUGUGUUUGGUUUUGAACCAUGAAUCUGUCUCUGAUGCAGCUAAAGAUGUAUGAAGUAUUUUGUAAAGGAAACUAAAUGUAGUACUGAACGACAGAAAAGCCAUCUGUGUGUCCAAAACAAAUAUAGUAGCUUGAAAUAUAUUCUCAACCCAAAUGUAAAUAAUGUUGAUUAGAAGUAAAUACUUUAUUAUGAAUAUUUAAGUUUAGUUGUGAUUUCUAUAUACCAUGUGUGUACCCCCCUAACUAUUCAGCCCAUGUUCCCUUUCCGUAUCCAGAAUAUAAGAUUUCUGCGAAAAAGCAACAAAUAAAAAAGA